GAAAACAUACACUCACUCUGACAGAACAUCCUUUCUGCCCUUCUCUUCCCAACUCAACGCUUUGACUCUACUCCUUGCUUAAUUUCCUCAGGGAGAAGUGAAGAUUUUGGUAGGGUACUGGUAGGUGAAGUAGUACAUCAUGUUGAAGAAGCAGCCAAGUAGGAACCAGAGAACCAAAGGAAUCAGGGUAAAGCAUGUAUUGCAGGUUGCGUUGCUGCUCGGGGUAUGCUUUUGGUUAAUUUAUCAGCUCAAGCAUUCCUAUGACAAGAAGGCAGCAUUGGGUGAGAAUGAUCCAAAAACCUCAAUCAGAACCCAAACAGAAAGUGAGCUCCUGAAACUUGGGAGGAAAGACCUUCCUCAAAAGGAUGUCACAACACAUCUAGUACGAGAGGAUGAGGAUGAGGAAGAAGCUCUAAGAGAGGAAGAAGAGAAGCAUGAGGUAGAGGAUGAGAAACAUGAAGCAGAAGAGCAGGAAGAAGAGGAUCCGAAGCAUGGGGUAGAAGAGAUAGAAGAAGAGGGUCAGAAGCAUGAGGCAGAAGAGCAAGAGGAGGAGGAAAACAAGGAUGAAGAUCCAGAAGAUGUGGGAAAAAGAGCAGGAGAUGAAGAGAUAGAUGAAAAUGAUUUGGAGACAAAAGAAGGGGGAGAUGAUCACAAUGAGAACCUUGUGGAUGAAGAGAAAGAAAUAGAAGAUGGGGGCGAUGAGAUUGACAGUGACAGGAAUGAGGAAGAACGAGAAAACCGAGAAGAAAAUGAGAAUUCAGAUGAUCAAGAUAAUGAAGGAAGUGAUGAGAAUUCUCACGAGGCACGUGAGGAACAUUACAAGGGGGAUGAUGCUUCUAGUGCAGUAACCCAUGAUACCCAAGUGAUGAGCACUGAAACUGAGAAAGUAAGUUCAGAAAGUUCAAAGGAAACCUCUGAAACAAGUGAGGAUGAAGAUGGAAACCAACACAAUAUGAGAUUGGUGGAUCAUGGUAGAAAUUCUGAAAAUGGCACUUCCAGUGUGCUUGCAAGUGAAGAGAAACUUGAAGGGAAUUUGUCCAAUCCUGUGGCGAACUCGCUUUUAGAUGCAAAUGUGAAAACACAAUCUAGUGGUCUGCCAGAAGCGGAAAAUAACUCUUCAAUUGUGAGUUCAGAAGCAAGCAAAAAUUUAGCUGAAGUAAACCAAACAACUAGUUCACACCAGCCUAAUGAAACUGAAACUAUAUCUGAGAUAGCUCAGUCUCAAAAUGCUGCAGUGGAUGGUAUGCCUACUAGAGAGGGUAGCACUGAACAAACUGUGGUUGUGGAACAGACUAAUAACACAAUAUCCGUGGAGGAUCAGUUGAAUUCGACUGCAACAGUUUCUAGUCAUGAAGUAGAGACUAAUGUGUCUGAAAAGAACUUAAUAUCUGAUGGUACAGCUAAAGUGGAGGAUAGCUCCAGAUCUUCAACAAUAAAGGAGACUACGGAUGCCACUGAGCAUGAAGAGUCAAAGAAUGAAGAUGCCAGUAAGAAUGAAGAGUUGCCGAAUGAAGAUGCCAGUAAGAAUGAAGAGUCAGCAAAUGAAGAGUUGGCAAAUGAAGAUGCCACUAUGAACGAAGAGUCAAAUGAUCAAGAGGCCUCUAAGACGGAAGAAUCGGAGGAGACAAGUGAAUCCAGUAGGGCAAACGAAGGUACAGACUCCACAAAUACGACGGAGGAUACAGUUCAGGAUGAUCCCAUUGAUUCUUCUGAUUCCCAUAUUUCAGAAGCCGAGAAAGAGGCUCGCACAGAUUUGGAUACAUUGCCAGAGAUACAAACAGUGGGGGAUGAGAAUGGAGAGACUGCAGCAGAAUGAUGAUGGUGGAUCUUGGGUUCUUCUGGUACAUUCCCAUAUUUUAUGCAAGUCUUUUUUACUUUAUAUGCAAGUAGGGAUGAAAUCCCCCAUGCAGUAAGGUAUAGUGUUUGAGUUAAUGGCUAGAAAAUCAACACAGCAGGUAAAUUCUAGGCUAGCUUAUAUCAUCACCAGCUUUAAUAUGUAAAACUAGAGUUUCCACUGUAUUGUCUUUCUUUUCCUUCAUUCAUUCAUUUUCCUGUUGGUUUUGUUUAG